AGCAUCUCCUCCUGCUAUCGGAAGAGAGUGCGGGAGACAGCAAAACACGCGGUGAGUGACCGAAGAAGCAGCAUGGGAUCCGACUCAUCCGCAAAGGCCGCCGCUGGCGUCACCGAAGCCCCUGGCUGGAAGUGUAAGAUCGCCUACGGCAUCAACUUGCACAAGUUUCUCUGCGCCCCCAUCAUCUACUUCUUCAUGCUCAAGUACUCCCGUUUCAGUGCGGCGGCAUGGACCUACCUGGCGCUUCAUGGGUCUUACGGAUAUCUUUGGAUCGUGAAGGACCAGACGUUUCCGGACCGGAACUUCCACGGCCCUACCUCCUUCGGAGAAAUGUCUGCAGCCUUCGUCGCAACCAGCGUUCUGUACUGGGCAAUCCCGUGGAUAAUGAUGCACCACGGGAAGGACGUCCCUCCGUGGUUCCAAGCCCUCGCCAUCGGGGUCUUCUCUACCGGCAUGUUCUUGAUGAUAGGGGCAGACUGCCAGAAGUACUACACUCUCAAGCUCGCGCCGGGGAAGCUGAUCACGACCGGCUUCUUCAAGUACAUCCGCAGCCCCAACUACCUGGGUGAGCUCAUGGUGUACGGAGCGCUGUCGAUGCUAACGUACACCGCCUGGGGGUGGAUCCCCUUCGCCACCUUGGUAUUGAGGUUCUCAGCGGACGCCCGAAACAAGGACAGGUCGAUGAGCCGCUACGAGGAAUUCGCCGAGUGGAAGGCCUCUUCUUAUUUGCUCCUGCCCCCCGUCUAUUGAAACCGGGCGCCCAUCAUUCCUUAGCUUCCGGCAGAGAAUAGCAAGCCUGGUAGGGAUGCAUGUUCGGACCUAUAAAUGUGUGACUAGGGGGGUCCGGACUCUCGUGGGGAGAGCGGAGGGGUAGGCGGGAUCUCGAACGUCAUAUCUACGGGGCUUCGCCUUGAGGAACAUUUUGAUCUCCGUAGAUAAAACGUUGCGGAGGUUGAACUGCUGGUGUAUCGCCUUGAUGGUGUGUAUGCCAUGUCUCGUACAGGGCGCUAGUGACACUCAAAUCUGUCACCGCUGUGACCUAUGCAUCGGCUCUCUUUGGUCGUUGCGGGAUGUCAUGUAAUGCAAGUAUCGUGUGGCUGUGAUACGUUUAGGCACACCCAGCAGUCAACCUUCGCGUGUUUUUUUGUCGGACAACGGUUUUUUGCUGGGCGCAGCUUUUUGCGGUGCUGCACCAGUACAAUUCAGUUACUCAAUCGCCCAUUGCGGUGUUUUUUUAGCGUGGAUGCUGGCUGCUUGAGUAAAGAGGACCACGGCCACACAACGAAAAGCCCAAGCUACACAUCCCUUCCACUCCCAGACAGCCUUAGUCUUCACGGGAGUAUGUAUGGUUGUAUGCAU